UCACAGAGCUGCUGCUGCUGCUUCUCGGUGCCGCGCAUCUCCGGACAGAGCUGCCAAAUGAAAACUAAAGAGAAGGAGGCAUGCUGAUAGAUUUCAUCACGGUACACUGAAGACUUUAUCUCUCUGGAAGUGCUCAGUUUCACUCCUGGACUCAAGCGCCAAGGGAAAGCUGCUGUGAGGGACUUAUUUCGGAGUUUGCCGUUUGUGCGCCUUUGCGUUUUAUUUGAGCUGUUUACGGAUGCCGAUGGAUUAGUUUAGAUAACUGGUGGACGGGUGUGUUUUUUUUAUUUUUUUUUUCAUCUUCCGAACGAAACUCUUGCAGUUCUGAAGCUGUUGUGCGCAGAGGAACCCGGGCACUGCGGAGGGGCUGCCGAUGAAGAAGUGAAGCGGGAUUUAGUGAUUAUUCCCGAUUGUCUUGGAUCGUAUUGGAUUUUAUUGUGGAGACUUCCCAACUCGUCCAGCCGCAGCUUCCAUCGCCUUCUGUGUGGGGACAAUGCUGGUAAAGGAGUACCGCAUCUGCAUGCCUCUGACCGUGGAGGAGUACCGUGUCGGCCAGCUGUACAUGAUCAGCAAACACAGCCAUGAACAGAGCGAGCGCGGAGAAGGUGUGGAGGUGGUGCAGAACGAACCCUAUGAUGAUCCAGAGCACGGUUCUGGUCAGUUCACAGAAAAACGGAUCUACCUCAAUAACAAGCUGCCCAGCUGGGCCAGAGCAGUGGUUCCUAAAAUUUUCUAUGUCACAGAGAAGGCCUGGAACUAUUACCCAUACACUAUCACAGAGUACACGUGUUCCUUCCUGCCCAAGUUUUCCAUCCACAUAGAGAGCAAAUAUGAGGACAACACAGGAAACAACGAUAAUAUCUUUGGAAGUCAGCCCAGAGAGGAGGAGACGGAGGUGUGUUUCGUGGACAUCGCCUACGACGAGAUCCCUGAGCGCCACUACAAAGAAUCAGAGGACCUUCGAAAUUUUAAGUCAAAGAAGACGGACAGGGGGAAUCUGCAGGAAGGGUGGAUCGACACCCAGGACCCCAUCAUGUGCUCGUACAAACUGGUUACAGUCAAGUUUGAGGUGUGGGGGCUGCAAACACGCGUGGAGCAGUUUGUACACAAGGUGAUUCGAGAUGUCCUGCUUCUGGGACAUAGGCAGGCGUUUGCGUGGGUGGAUGAGUGGAUUGACAUGACCAUGGAGGAGGUGAGGGAGUAUGAGCGCGCCACUCAGGAAGCCACCAAUCUGAAAAUCGGCACUUUCCCCCCGGCCAUCUCUAUCUCAGAGACCCCUCUGCCGUCGAGCACCCGCAACGGCCCCAACAGUGCCCCUUCCACUCCCCUUUCCACUGAAGCUCCGGACUUCCUGUCUGUGCCCAAGGAGCGACCCAGAAAAAAGUCUGCCCCGGAGACUUUGACCCUGCCCGACCCGGGCCGCAGGGACUCACUCUUUAAGCUCCCAAGCUUUUUCUCCUGGAACUCCAGUCCACAGCCCGAAUGAGAGUUGAACCACGACCUUGACCUGUGGAUCAGUAGAGGAUGCUUGCUUUGCACAUCCAACAAUGCGCCCCCCUCUCCCCCCCCUGGCCAGUUUAAGUAUCAGAGGCUUUUCGGAGAUCUGGUCAUCCCCGCUCCCUCAGUAGAGUUGCCGGUGUUACAGCAAAGUCAGCAGCUCUCUGAUUGCCUUUACAGGUAGAGAGUCCCCCCCC